GUUCAACAAUCACUAUUCACUGUUCUUAACAUUUGAGUAAUACGAGUAGUCCAGUUAAUCAGUGUGUUCAAAAACAAAACACCAGUUUACUUGGCAGCACUUGAUUUGAUGCACCAAGUCUAACUGUAGCUCUACCUGAAACAUAAUUAUUAAAGUCAGACUUUACAGUAGACUGGAGCUCAAUCAGUCCCUGUGACUCGUUGCCUGCAUGUUCACUUGUUUAAUUUUGUGUUGGUUGCCAUCAGAGAUGCCUUGUUAGCUCAUAGUCGACCCCAAACUGCUGCUCCAACAGGCACUUUGGUCAUUACAAGGUAUCUGCAGGUUCCACAGAGUUAAAUUUGUGACAGAGCUUAAAUAACUAAUCUUACCAAAAGCAGCCCUUUUCUGACCAAACACAGGUAACCCAAGUUGUGAAGCCAGAAAAGGGGCACUAGUAAAUUUUUUUAUUUUUUUUAAAUGUAAACAUCUGAGGACCUGCAGACAGUCCUACUGUCCUGCAGAGAGAUCGGAGGGAGUCUUUGUUCUCUAGCGUCUCUCUCCACACUCUUCUCUCCACAGUGAAGCCUCUGCUGUCGGUGUGGCUGAGGGGGAGGAAGGGGGAACUUGCCAACCGUCCCCAGGAAAUCACACCGAUACCUUGGACACAGCAGGAUUCAAGCUCAUUUCCAGACUCCAAAGAGCAUUAUCCAGACUUUCCCUUCAAGAACGGAAGCAUGGCCGGUGCCAUUGAGCUGAAACGCCCCGUUGGUGCCCAUUGCCACGGUGCCAAAGCUCUGACAUGUGAUCAGAGCGUGGACAAGCUGCUGGCCAAGAAGAAACUCUACAUCGCCUCGGCCAUCUGCCUCGUCUUCAUGAUCGGCGAGGUUGUAGGAGGCUACCUGGCCCACAGCUUGGCCAUCAUGACGGAUGCUGCCCACCUCCUGACAGACUUUGGCAGCAUGAUGGUGAGCCUGUUCUCCCUGUGGAUCUCCUCCAGACCGCCCACCAAAACCAUGAACUUUGGUUGGCACCGAUCAGAGAUCCUUGGGGCAUUCAUCUCAGUCAUGUCCAUCUGGAUCGUUACGGGGGCCCUGGUCUAUUUAGCCAUCGAGAGGAUCGUAAGCAACGACUAUGAGAUCGAUGGCCAUGUAAUGUUAGUCACCUCCGGCUGCGCUGUCAUUGUCAACAUUAUUAUGGCCUACAUCCUCCAUCACUCCACCACGCUCCACACUCACGGCAGUGGUUAUCACCAGAUUGAUGAGGACGGUCAGAGUCCCGUCACUCACGGCCACGCCCACACGCUCCUCAGUGGCCACAGCAACACCAGCGUCCGUGCCGCCUUCAUCCACGUGCUCGGAGACCUGCUGCAGAGUGUUGGCGUCAUGGUGGCAGCGACCAUCAUCUACUUUCGGCCUGAGUACAAAGUUGCAGAUCCCAUCUGUACAUUCCUCUUUUCUGUCUUUGUCCUCUGCACCACCAUCACCAUCCUCAGAGAUGUGUUCAGGAUACUCAUGGAAGGGUCUCCUAAAGGAAUAGAGUUUAACUCGGUGAAGGAAGUGCUGCUGUCUGUGAAGGCUGUGAAGUCCAUGCACUGUCUGCAUCUGUGGAAUCUGACUCUGGGCCAGGCGCUGGUCUCUGUUCACCUGGCCAUAGAGGAGGGUGCUGACCCUCAGUCUGUGCUGCAGGAGGCCACCGACCUGCUCCACACCAAGUUUGGCUUCCACAGCAUCACCAUCCAGGUUGAGCUCUACUCUGAAGACAUGAGCCACUGCUCCCACUGCCAGGACCCCAGUGACUGAUACUGACACUGGACCGAACUGGACUGGAUCCAACAGGACAUGGAACGGCUCAGGCAUAUUAUCAUUCUCUCUGGCUGGCCUGGACCAAUGAGAGCUGUAUUCACAAGGCUUGUUAAAGGAGUAGAAAGAGGGAUUUUUUUGUUAAUAGUUGUGUUUCCCAUUAAGUCACAAGAAAUAGACAAUAAAAAUCCUCCAUGUGUUGGUGGUAGAGUGCUGAUGCUGGAGCUCCAUGCUAACAUGAAACAUGCUAACUGCUGUAAGUCUCACAGUCCUCCUCAACAAAGUUGUGUAUGGUGCUCCAGUCCUCAUGGGUGCAACCUUUUUUAACUAAAAAACUUCACAAAAUAAAAUGUGAAAAGUCAGUUGAAGUAAUAUAGCAACAUUUACAUUUAUGCAACAACAAAGUUCAGUUGUACAGUCUGUUCAAAUGGGUGAUGUUUUAUGAAAGAAGCUGCUGGAUGAAAACACUGCCUAAUUUUUUUGUAUUUUAUGUACAUUAAGGAAAACUGCCAGAUAUAGAGGCACAUGUUGUCCACAACUUUUUUUAAUCUUUACAGCUUCAUUUUCUCACUUUUCUGAUAAUGCUAAGCCUAAUAUGUUAGCAUGGGGCACACAGUUGGUUAACAGAGUGUGUGCUAACUUGUUAGCAUGGAGCAUCUCAUGUUAAGGAUCUACUAGGGACAUGUGGAUGAUUUUGAUGUCUGUUGUUUCAACAGUAACUUUACUAAAUGGCCUAUCUACCAGACUUACUUUACAGUCCACUGGCAAGGUCGUUCCAUUUGGCUUCUUCUACUAAAGGUCAGACACAAAUCUGCAAUGCUAGCUGAUCUUAAAUGUGAUUUUUACAGUUGUUUUGCUGGAAAUUUAUUUAUUUCAUGGCAUAAAGUCAUGGUAAUUUGUAACACAGUGAUAAAGGUUUUAAGGAAGAAAACCCCGUUAUUAGAUAUAUUUUAUAUACCACUGGUAAACGUAGAAAGAUCACUAACUGGUGAAGUCAUGAUAAACAAAUGAGAAAGUAUGUUAAGGGAUGAUUAACCAUUUGAAAACAUUAAUCCAGGAAAUCUGCAAUGUGUCAAAAAAGUGGAGCUGAAACAGCAGCUAUCAAAAUGAAUAAAAGGCAGAUGGACACAAAAUAAAAUAAAAUGAAAAAUCAGAUGAUAUGGACUUAAAAAUUUUGUGGUCAAGUCUCAAUAGGGGCUGAAGGGUGGAAACAUACAAUUGUCAAGGAUUUUGGUAAAAUGGUGCCCGGUCUGAAUCUGUCACUCUGGUCCUAAACCGUGAACUGAACUGCUCUAUCGCUCCCUUUAAACACGAUACUGUGCUAUACCUCACCAUGCUGGCUCAAUGUCUGUUAGGCUCCGUUCACUUUACAGGCCUUAAUGCUCAAUUCUGAUUUUUUUUUUUUUUUUGUUGUUGAUGGUUCAGUGAUGUUUGUAAAUCACGUUAGAAUCUUUUCCUUGCAUCUUACUGGUAAAACACACUGGAAGCAUUUUCUUCUUCUUCAGCAUGCUGAAAUGGCCGAAAAGCCACAGACAGGGCCCGUCUGGUGCCAACAGUGCAGGACAGAUGUCCACCAAAGGUCUAAUGGCUUGGUGUGUCACAGCCCUAAGACCCAAGAAAAAGGAAAUGCGGAUAAAGUUAGUGGAACUGGGAUUCACCUAUCACAUAGUCAGAGAUUGGAUAUAAAUCAGAUUUGGGAGAUUUCAGCAUGUAAUGUUAACCUACCUUUACAUAGGUUCAGCAAAACCUGGACAUGACCAAACUCUCCACCAUACUGUACUUUCAUUUUGUUACAUCAUGCCCAAGAUAAGGAGUCACUUAGGAAAAUGAGAGUAUUUCACAUUGGUGAAUUUCUAGGUACAAUUUAACUGAAAUACGUGGAUUGGUUGUCAUGCAGUCGAUGCUUAUUAUAUCAUCAUCAGUCUGAAAACUAGUUUUUGGUGGCAGGCCUUUUAAUUUUGUUGUGUUUCAGUUUCUAAAGUCAGUGCACAAAACUCAAUAGCAGUGUUUGAUUCUGCCUCGAGUAUGCAUCUCAGCGAGAAGUGCUUGCUUAACGGAGAACAGUGCAUUGAUAAGAAUUUAGCAGUAGGAAAAUGGGAAAAUGUCAGGCUGAAAAAGUGUUCACCUAGUUCCAGUGUCAACUCUGAGCAGACGAUCAGGUCUGAGGGCAAAAAUGAUUUAGUCCUGCAGUCGGGCGAUUAGUUCCAGCUUCAUCCUGUCGUCUCAUCUAUCUGUCAUCCCUCCUAUGGCUUCACUGUUACUCAUUCAUCAACUAUAUGUCUCUCUGUUCCCUAAGCUUUCAUCCAUGCAUCAAGCAAGCCUCGAGUUGGCUGAUAGAACACUUUUGGUGCUAAAAUCCAACAGGAAGCCUGUAAUAUUUUCAGCUACUUGUUUAGUUAAUCAAUUAAAAUACGGGAGGUAAUUACUCCUUAAUUUGUAUCUGAGACAUAAUCUUACACAAAAGUGUGCUUUUGUAUGACAUUCAAUUUAACAGAGCAAGUUAUUUCUGGUUACUUGACCCAAAAAUAGUUCAUCCUCUGUGGAGCUAGACUGUGCUCAUUAAAACUGACAAACUGCCUGCUAUAAUUUGAUCGGGUUUUAGACUGAUGGUGGCACUAAAAGGAAGCAUAUACCAUUGUAGUAAUUACAUCUUACAUAAUUAAGAUUCAUCCUCUCGGGACAAUGAAAACCAACAGCAUGUUCCACUGAACUUUGGACAGUUUUAGUAAAUGUUGGUCUUCAAUAUUUCAGCUUUGGAGUUUAGAAAAACAAAUCAUAUAUCUGUAGGAAUCAUAUUACGCACCAUAAGAAAAGCCAAUGAGCCAGUUGACAUGCCUAUAAUGUUUCACAGCUACUAUAAAGUGAUGAUGUUGAUAAUUGCUUUUAAAGUAGGAACAUCUGUACGUUGUAAACACCUAGUUGACAUCCAUUCUGAUCCAAAUACUUGCAUGGUUGUUAACUGUUACUCACUAUCAUGAAGAGCAAAAAGUUCCUUCUUCAACUGCCAAUCAGAAUACAUUGACGCACCAUGCGAGGAUGAAUCAAAGAAAAAAAAUCUUUAAAAAUCUAGUUUCUCCAGUUUUUAUGAAGAUCCUGCAUAAUUAAAUAUAUUUUAAUACAAACUGAGGAACCAACAGCUAUGAAAACAAAGUUAAAGUAAUGACGGCCAAUACAUUUUGCUGUACUGGUUUUGAUAUACAGACAAAGUACAGCCAGUCUUCUAUACAGUCUGAGGAAGUUCAUUUCAUUCCAGAAAAACAGUCUGUUCACUGUGGAAGUCUAAUGUCUAAGAAUGCUCUGUUUCGUGCUGUUGCUGUCUGUGGCGAUUAUAUUUUGUGUGACUGUGUAAAUAUAUCAAAUAUUGUGUAUUUUCUGUGUAUACAUGUGUAAAUACAUUUGCCUUCCUUGUACAAUCAGUCUUUAAUAAGUCAUGUUUGUCUGUGUCCAGGUAAUGUCACAUCUGUGAUGUUUGAUCGUUUUUAUGUGUGGCAAGGCUUUUUUGU